AUGGGAAGAGGUAAGAUAAAGAUAAAGAAGAUAGAGAAUAAGACAACGAGGCAAGUGACCUUCUCCAAGAGAAGAAGUAGUGUUAUCAAGAAGACUCAUGAGCUCUCUGUUCUCUGCGAUGCUCACAUCGGUCUCAUCAUCUUCUCCACCACCGGAAAGCUCUACCAGUACUGCACCGAACCCAUCACGAUGCCUCAGCUCAUUGACCGAUACUUGCAGACUAACGGAUUGCAACUUCCUGAUCCUAAUGACAACCGGGAUGAAUUCUUCCAUGAGAUAGAAGUACUAAGAAGAGAGACAUGUAAGCUUGAGCUUCGUCUGCGUCCAUACCAUGGCCAUGACUUAGCUUCCAUUCCUCCACAGGAGCUCGAUGGACUAGAGCAACAGCUCGAACAUUCUGUCCUUAAAGUUCGCGAGCGUAAGAAUGAGUUGAUGCGACAACAGUUGGAGAAUCUAAGCAGAAAGAGGCGGAUGCUAGAAGAAGAUAACAACAAUAUGUACCGUUGG